AAAUAGCUGAAGACAAGAGCCACCGAAUCGAGAGACAAAACACUAUAUUUGAAAGAUUGUUAAACGUUCGAAAUGGGUUUAAUCGACAGGAGAAGGGACGUGUUUAUGUUCGGAUCGUGUCUGGUUCCAGUUCUGGUUCUGUUGGCCGCAGCUGUGACCGUGAACUGCGAAACUCACUCUCUGACCUACAUCUACACGGCCUACUCCAAAGAGCCGUCCACUCCUGGUCUUCACAAGUUCACAGCCAUGGGUCUGCUGGACGGCAGGAUAAUCGACUACUUUGACAACGACCAUCCACUCAAAGUUCCCAAACAGAAAUGGAUGGAGGAGCAGGAGGAUAAGGACUACUGGAAGAAGGGGUCUGAUACCCUCAAGAAGAUGAUGGACUGGUUCAACAUCAACAUCGGAAUCUUGAUGGAUCGGAUGAGACAAAACCAGUCUGACCUGCACACCCUACAGUGGCUGCAUGGCUGCGAGGCCAAAAAGGAAGCGGGGGGAAUGGUGUUCACCCGCGGCCUUGACAUGUACAACUAUGACGGUAAAAGUUUCCUGGAGUUUGACGAUGCUCAUGGAGUUUGGUCCACUGCCAAUACUGCGGCAGAGCCGACCAAAAGGAAGUGGGACGGGGUGCUGGCCCUGAAGGACUACACCAAGGGCUACCUGGAGAAUGAGUGCUGCCAAUGGAUGGAGAAGUUCCUGCAGAAAGAACAGGAGGAGCUUCAAAAGUCUUCGCUGCCUGAUCCCGAGGUCUUUCUGUUUACAACAUCGUCCUCCGUGAACGACAGGGUGAACCUGAACUGCUUGGCCACGGGCUUCUACCCCACAGACGUGGACCUGCAGAUGACGAGGGACGGUCAACUCCUCACGCAGCUGAACGGACUCCGAAGCUCCAAGGUUCGACCGAACCACGACAACACGUACCAGCGCAGGGACACGGUGGAGAUCUUAACCAGUGACACGUCUGAGUUCAGGUGUGAGCUUCUUCAUCCGUCCUUCACUGCCCCCAUCAGGAAGGUCUGGGCAAUGAUCAUCGGUGUUGUGGGGGGGUGUGUCCUCCUCUUCCUCCUGGUCGUCGCCCUGCUGUUGAUUUGGCUGCAUAAAAAGAAUAAACUGACUUGUUUUGGAAACACAAACGAGAAGAAAGAACUCUCCCAAGGCUCAGAGAAUUCUCUGGACUCAGGGAAGUCGUCGGUCGACAAACCACUGAUAAAAGUGGCUAAUGGAGGACAGAACCUGGUAUCUGGAGAGCAGCAGAACCUGGUCUGAGGUCUGGACUGGACCAGAACAGAAGUCUGGACGAUGCUACGUGUUAAGGACGACCUGUACAGGAAGUUGCUGCUGGCCUUCUACCACUACUCAGUGGAGAGUGUGCUGACAGCCCAGGACAGGAAGGUGGUGCUGAGGGUCAUAAACACUGACACCCCGUCCACCCGUUUGACCUGUUAACCUGUGGAAGACGCUACAGGUUAAUCAAGUCUCACACCACCAGACUGACAAAGAGCUGUUUGUCCUGGUAUAGCUGUUCUACUGUCUGGUAUACCUGCACUACCUCCUGGUAUACCUGCACUACCUCCUGGUAUACCUGCACUACCGUCUGUGUUGUAAAAAGUUUUGUAUGAUUACUGUAUGUUGUCGAUGUGGUCAGUCUGAAAUGUGACACCAUACCACGGGGAAAGACCUAUGGCCCCAUUUUUCACCAAAAGAUAUUUUGUAAUGGAAGAAUUCUUGAGAAGAAUAUUCUGCCAUGGCACGUCGGCGACGGGGAGGGUGAGUGGAAUUCAA